AUGACAGAUCCUCAAUCAAACUUUUUUGAUGAAUGGUUCAAUUUCAUGCUCCACCACACUAAUCAUCAUCAUCAUCAUCCCUACUCCUCUUCUUCUUCUCAUCAACCCUCAUCCUCCUCCUCCACCACAAUUAAUCCACCAUCUUCUCCUCCUCUUAGAGAAGCUCUUCCUCUCAUUAACAAGUUAAGCCUCAUAAAUGAUCAACAAAAUGAACCCUCAAACUCAAACUCAAACUCAAACAUCAUUAAUCCCACCAUAGUACAAAAUGAAUAUAAUCAUCAUCAUGAUCAUGUUGAUGAUGAUGAAAGUGUUACUGUUGCCCUACAAAUAGGGCUUCCUAGAAUGAAUACUAACUCUUCUGAUCUUGGAUCAAAGAUGUGCUCAUCAAAUAGUAUAGAAAUGGCUGAAAAAUAUGAAGUUAAUAUGAUUUCUGAAAACCCUUUGGAAAAAUUGAACAAGGGUCAGUAUUGGAUUCCUACUCCUUCUCAAAUUCUCAUUGGUCCUACACAAUUCUCAUGUCCUGUCUGCUCUAAAACUUUCAACAGAUACAACAACCUUCAGAUGCAUAUGUGGGGACAUGGAUCUCAAUACAGAAAAGGACCAGAUUCUCUAAAAGGAACACAACCAACAGCAAUGUUAAGGCUUCCAUGCUACUGUUGUGCACCAGGUUGCAAGCACAACAUUGAUCACCCUAGAGCAAAGCCUCUCAAAGAUUUUAGAACACUUCAAACACACUAUAAGAGAAAGCAUGGUAUAAAACCUUACAUGUGUAGAAAAUGUGGGAAAUCAUUUGCAGUGAAAGGUGAUUGGAGAACACAUGAGAAGAAUUGUGGCAAAAUUUGGUAUUGUUUAUGUGGUUCGGAUUUCAAACAUAAAAGGUCGCUUAAAGAUCAUAUUAAAGCCUUUGGUUAUGGUCAUGGUGCUUUUGGUAUUGAUUGCUUGCAAGAAGAAGAUGAAGUUGGUUCAGAAAUUGAACAUGAUGGUGGAAGUUCAAUGUGA